AUGCCCCAAGCGAAGGAGAAGGAGAUGCCGAUGGCUAUGGUAGCCCUCGUGGGUGCAGCGAUUCAUGCCGCUCUCAGCGAGUGGAAAACCGGUGUGCACAAACCGAAACCAUUCUCAGCUGAUGCCGUUGCAGAUGCAUAUAACGAGCACAUCAUCCUCCUUACCGGCAUCAAGAACAAGAACCUGCGCGCAUAUCAUGCCAUGAUGCACCGCCUCUAUCGGGAGGCUAGUGGUAUCACUCCGGUCCCUGUCCAGGCUAUCGCAACUGGAGGCGACGCACUCGAGCAUAUCGACUUCGAGGGCAUGGAUAUCGACUAG